AGCAAAGACAACCGCAUCGUGGGCCAUGUCGGGCUCAAGGAAUCUGGCUCUCGCCUUUCGGCGGGCGCGCACAAGCAGGGGUCAGUUCAAUCUCCGACACCGACAGCCCCUCUGCCUCUCGAUCCGGCCGUUCAACAACACCACAACGGCUACCCUGGAGGCCCACCAGCCCUCUUCCUCCACCACGCCUACGACGCAACCCAAGUUCACCACGGACGCGUACCCGCAGAUCAAACGAAACCCAAGCUUCUCCGAAAUAACCAGCGAACAUGUCCAACACUUCAAAGAUCUUCUCGGUGCGCAGUCGGCAGUCAUCGACGGCGUCACUGCGGAUGCGGCCGACGACAUCGAGCCAUUCAAUCGAGAUUGGAUGAAAAAGUAUCGAGGGCAUACAAGGCUCGUUUUGAAGCCGCAAUCCACCAGGGAAGUGAGCCUGAUACUACAGUAUUGCAAUACGAACAGGCUGGCCGUGGUACCGCAGGGUGGGAAUACUGGAUUGGUCGGUGGUGGCGUGCCGGUGUUCGAUGAGAUCGUGAUAAACAUGUCACGCAUGAACCGGAUUAGGUCCUUCGACGAGAAUUCAGGUGUCAUUUCUGUGGAUGCGGGUGUUAUUCUCGAGGUGGCUGAGAAGUAUCUCGCGGACAGAAAUCACAUUUUCCCGCUUGACCUGGGUGCCAAGGGGUCUUGUCAUAUCGGAGGGAACCUGGCAACAAAUGCUGGCGGACUACGACUGCUUCGUUAUGGGAGUUUACAUGGAAACGUCCUUGGCCUAGAAGCUGUGCUUCCCGACGGUACCAUCGUUGACGACAUGUGCGCUCUGCGGAAGAACAACACUGGAUAUGAUUUAAAGCAUCUCUUCAUUGGCGGGGAGGGAACAAUCGGUAUCAUUACGGGUGCUUCGAUAAUCUGUCCUCAGCGCCCGAAAGCCGUCAACGUUGCCUAUUUUGGGCUGCAGAGCUACGACCAUGUACGCAAGGCUUUCCGUGAGGCCAAGGUUCAUUUGUCCGAAAUUCUCUCCGCCUUUGAAUUGAUGGAUGGACGAAGCCAGGAUAUGGUUUUUGAUGUUACGGGCCUCAAGAAGCCCCUUGAGGGGUCUUAUCCAUUCUACUGCCUUAUUGAAACCAGCGGCUCCAAUGGAGAACACGACAGCGCCAAGUUGGAAGCAUAUUUGGAACACGUUAUGGGUGAGUCCAUCGUUGAAGAUGGCGUUUUGGCUCAGGACGGAACCCAGGCUCAAUCACUAUGGCGCUGGAGAGAAGGAAUUACUGAAGCGCUGAGCCAUCUUGGAGGGACAUACAAGUACGACGUCUCCAUCCCGCUUGCAGAGCUUUACCAGCUCGUCGAAGACACAAAGGAGCGCCUCACUAAGGCGGGAUUGGUUGGCGAUGAUGAUAGCUACCCCGUCCGCGAGGUUUUGGGUUAUGGCCACAUGGGCGACUCGAAUCUCCACUUGAAUGUCGCUGUGAGAAAAUACACAAAAGAAGUGGAAAAUAUGAUUGAACCGUGGGUGUACGAAUGGAUUCAAAGGCGGAAUGGCAGCAUUAGCGCCGAGCACGGGUUGGGAAUCGCGAAGAAGGAAUUCAUUGGAUACAGCAAGAAUGAUACCAUGAUCAAGCUGAUGAAACAAUUGAAAAAUCUUUAUGACCCGAAUGGAAUAAUGAACCCAUAUAAAUAUAUCUAAUCGUCCUUGAGAACCCCUGUACACCAAAUAUAGAUGCUACUGCUUUCGAUAUACUCUAGGAGUUGGAGAGAAAUAUUUAAUUGCAAUAUUCUUUAGAAUCAGAGAA